AGUCAGAGAGAGAGAGAGGCGGUUUAGUUGGGAAGUUUCUGCGAGUGAGUCAACGCGGUGCAGGGAGGACGACACCCAGCAGUGGAUCUAACGCCGGACACCUCUCCUCCAGCUCGGACCCAGAGAUAACCUCACCCCGGUGUCUGCACAACAGCUGCUGGAUCUAGUUUUUCCACCUUUACGCACAGUUUGGGGAUGGUUCUUGUCGCUCUGACGCGUCUUUUUCCUCAUUGGGAUUAACGCGCCGGGAGAAGGAAUGAAAGUGACCGUGUGUUUCGGGAAGACCCGAGUGGUCGUUCCGUGCGGGGAUGGGAAUAUGAAAGUGCAAAGCCUCAUCGAAAAGGCGGCCAUGAGGUAUAAAAAGGCGAUCGCAAAGGACGUCAGCUACUGGGUGCAGGUCCACAGGUUGGAAUAUGGAGAUGGAGGCAUUUUGGACCUGGAUGAUUUGUUGUGUGACGUAGUGGACGACAAAGACAGGCUCAUAGCUGUGUAUGAAGAACAGGAUCCUCACAAUGGAGGUGAUGGUACCAGCGCCAGCUCUACAGGAACACAGAGUCCAGAACCCUACAGUGAGAUGAGUUCGGUAUCUGCCUUCCAGCCCUACCAGACCAACAGUGAGAUCGAGGUCACUCAGUCCGCCCUGCGAUCCAACAUGCCUCUCCACGUCCGUCCUAGCAGCGAUCCCUCCCUGACCGCUGAGGUCCCAGUCGGUCCAGAGGAACCGUCCAGAAAGAACCCAAGUCGCUGGUCCACAACUGCUGGGUUCCAAAAGUACAGCCAGAGACCAAACACAAGCACUGGCACUGGCAGUCUGGAACGAAAGGGCAGAGGAGCUCAUGCCUAUCGGAGUCUUCCGCGGGAUGCGAGCGGCUGGUCCACUCAGUUCCAGAGAGAGAUGACUAGAUCCUCCCUGAGCGCCAACCAUCCAAUGGUGGACCAGUGGCUAGACAGACAGGAGCAGGAGGAGGAGGAGGAAGAGCAAAGGAGACAGGAAAGGAGGAUUGAGCGGAUAGAGCCAGUAGGGAGGGCUGACUCGUCACUGGAGAGGCCAGCGAUAAGUCUAGAAGGCCUGCUCAAGCCGGUCGAGGUGUCCAAUGAGGGAGGGCCCCUGGGGAUCCACGUCGUGCCUUUCAGUUUGCAGGAUGUCAGGACUCAGGGUUUGCUGGUGAAACGCCUGGAGCAUGGAGGAAAAGCUGAACAGGAACGUCUCUUCCAGGAGAACGACUGCAUCGUCAAGAUAAAUCAGGGAGACAUUCGCAACCUUCGCUUUGAACAAGCCCAGAACAUCUUCAAGCAGGCGAUGCGCUCCCCGCUCAUCCUCUUCCAUGUGGUUCCUGCAGUCAUGAAGAGGCAGUAUGAGCUGCUGUCAGCCCAGGGCGCACUCAGUCCAUCCAGCAGAGUCUACUUUAGCCAAGGCUCUCACAGGCCGGGCGACAGGUCCAGUCUAGUCGGUGGGCCGGCAUCCAGGUCUGGUCCGCCACCUGGCCUUAACCACAACCACCAGGGCCCCCUGGCAGGAAGCACCCCGGAGCCAAGCCGACGGUACACAAUGUUACCGCACGCCUUGGUCUCUCGGACCUCUUCAGCCCCCUCCCCCUCCCUGCAGCGCAGAAUAAGCACAAACCAGUCAAACAGCUCAUACCUGAAGAACAAAGGCCACAGAUUCAACAUCCAGCUGAAGAAAGGUCCAGAGGGUCUGGGCUUCAGCAUCACAUCCAGAGACGUCCCCAUCGGCGGCAGUGCUCCCAUUUACGUCAAAAACAUCCUUCCCCGCGGCGCCGCCAUCCAAGAUGGCCGACUGAAAGCUGGAGAUCGCCUACUGGAGGUUAGUGGAGUGGACCUUAAUGGCAAGACUCAGGAAGAGGUGGUGGCCCUGCUACGAGCCACACCCAUGGGUGGGACUGUGAACCUGCUCGUGACACGCCAGGAGGACUCCCAGCUGCCCAGAGAAGUGCAGCCAGAAGAAGACGACAUGGUGUUAACCCCUGACGGUUCAAGAGAGUUCAUGACCUUUGAGAUCCCACUGAACGAUUCAGGCUCGGCAGGCCUAGGUGUCAGCGUCAAGGGCAACCGCUCCAAGGAGAACCACGCCGACUUGGGCAUCUUUGUGAAGUCCAUUAUAAACGGAGGAGCUGCGAGCAAGGAUGGGCGUUUACAUGUCAAUGACCAGCUAAUUGCAGUGAACGCCGAGUCAUUGCUCGGGAAGACCAACCAAGAGGCCAUGGAGACGCUGCGGACAUCCAUGUCUGUCGAGGGCAACAAGCGAGGGAUGAUCCAGCUCAUCGUGGCUCGGCGGCUGGCCACGAACAAUGAGGAAGCCCCUGGCAGCCCUCCAGUUUUAGAGCAAUCUAUGAACUCGCUACUGGACAACCACGAGCGCCGAAUCUCCCACUCACUGUACGAAACCAUUGAGGACUUGGACAACAUGUCGACACCACGCUCUAAUGUGAUGGGACGUAUUGGUAACUACCAGCUCUCUCCCACUGUGAACAUGCCACAGGACGACAUAGUGAUUAUCGAAGACGAUAGGCCGCCCCUACUGCCCGCCCACCUCUCCGACCAAUCAUCCUCCAGCUCCCACGAUGAUAUGGGCUUUGUGGGAGAGAACCCGGUGUCCUGGAUCCACGAGCUGUCUGGUCAGAAUGAAUGCACGCUCAGUCCUGACGCGGACGCUGACAGUUCGUUCCAGAGGGAGGGCUUUGGCCGGCAGAGUAUGUCAGAAAAACGCAUCAAACAGUAUGAAAAUGCUUCUCAGCUGGAGAUUAUCAAGACCCGCAAGUCGAAGAGCAUGGAUCUAGUAGCAGAUGAGAUUAACUGCAGCACGAGAACCGGUGGAGGCACUGCAGAACAAGAGGUCGGACCCGCACUGGGCCUGAAAAAGUCCAGCUCCCUCGAAAGUCUCCAGACGGCCGUGGCUGAGGCGUCGGUGAAGAGCGAGAUCAACGUCAAUAGGCCGCGCUCUCGGAUCAUCAGGGGCCGCGGCUGCAACGAGAGCUUCCGAGCUGCAAUUGACAAAUCAUAUGAGAAUCCUGGUGUCCCAAGCACAGAAGAAGAGAACAGCAUGGAGACAUUGGACGAGGACACAGAGGGAAGUUCCCGCUCUGGUCGCGAGUCGAUGUCCACUAGUGGUGACCUCAUCGUGGGUUCCGGGUUGAACGGCGGCCAGUCCAAAGAUGACAGAAGAAAAGAUUGGGACACAGUAAGCGGGAAGGAGAAGAAGAAACCAGAGAGGGAUAAAGAGGAGAAAGACAAGGACAAGAUUAAAGCAAAGAAAGGGAUGCUGAAGGGCCUGGGUGAGAUGUUCAGGUUUGUAAAGAACCGGAAGGAUGAGCGACCAGGAGACAGGAUGGAGAGGAAGAGCUUCAGUAAAUCUAAAGAGGAGGACAUGCAGGUGUCAGAGGAGGAGACCCUGCGGAUGAGACUGGAACAGGAGAGAAUACAGGCCAAGACGCGGGAACUUCGGGAGAGGCAGGCAAAGGAGAGGGAAUAUGCCGAGAUCCAGGAUGUCGUCAGUCGCACCUUUAGCUCAGAUGAAGAACAUACCUACGCUGGCAUCGGAUCAUUAGACUCGUCGGUAGACAGCAGCAGCAUGGACCCUUACAGUCACCCCUACCAUCUCCCUCAAAGUCCCCUGAGCCCUCAACUUCCCUUGAGCCCUCAGGACAACGGCCCACCCCUGGAAGCUAUCUAUGCCCAAGUCAACAAACCUCGCAAUGGACGCCCUGCAGCCCUAGACAGCAGUCAGAUGGCUCCAAGUAACCAUGACCGGAUACAAAGGCUGAGGCAUGAGUUCCAGCAGGCCAUACAAGAGGACCUCGAGGACCAUCAGCACAUCUAUAGUUCUGACCAAUCUUGGGUGAGCAAUGGGACAGAGACACAGAGCGGACGUCAUUCUGCAACAGUGGAGACUCAGAAAGAGCAGCAAGAGGACAGAGACGGUUUCCAACAGACGCAGAGACAGUACAGCUCCCUGCCGCGGCCGCCUCGUAAGAACCCCAGCACGGCGUCCCAGGAUUCACGGGACAAGGUGUACAUGCCACCUGAGAAAUCUUCGAUGUCCAAGGAGAACCCUCGCUACUCCGUUGUGCAGGGAUCCCGUAAUGGCUACCUGGGAACAUCCAGCUUCAACGCCCGCGUCCUCCUCGAGACUCAGGAGCUGCUGAGGCAGGAGCAGAGACGCAGAGAGCAGGAGGCCAGCAAGGCCAGGCCGCCUCCUGCACAAGAUCCACACGGCAGCAGCACCUAUGACCACAACAGGGACCACACUCAGACCCCUGGCUCUACCCCAGUGCAGCUCCCACCUAAAUCCAAAGGCCCCUACAGACAGGACGUGCCACCGUCGCCUUCUCAGCUCGCCAAACUCAGCAGACUCCAGGGCUCGGAGAAAGGGAGGCAGUUUUACUCCUGAGACAGUAACAGCAGUGAGAAGAUUAGGACUGAUUCUAGAAAGCAUCAGCAGGGAAAAGCACAAAGAGGGCAAUAAAUCAUUUUUAUAUAUAUAUAUAAUGCUGAGACUUUCAUGGGAUUGUUGAUACAAAAUGUUAAUAUUUAAAAAAAGAUGUUUUUUUUAUUCUAAGAAUCCUUUUUAGCUGUAUCCAAUGAGCUGAGAUGUUUUAUUGUCCAUACAGAUCAUAUAUGUGUAUAAGUGCCUUUUAACCCAUUGAUCGUUGAUUGUUCACCUUUUUAGGCACCAAACCAAAGUCUGGGCUCAUGAUCUGCAGCUCUGACUCAUCCCUCUAACAGGGCAACUGGUUGCACAACCACAUCUGACGAAUGUCUGACCCAAACAUCAUGACUCCAAACUCAUGACGCAGCCCAGGCAUGUUUUCAACCAGUGGAAAUCCUGCUUGUGUGAAUCAGGCUUAUUUCUGCUGUUCAUGGGGACUUCACUACUGUACAUGUGCAUGUGGGCGGAAGCGCUGGCAGGAGUUGGCAUGUAGUGACACAGUGCGGACUCAGAGCUUGGGCUUCGGCCAUGACCACUCAACCCCCCUCUGUUCUGAGAAAUGUCCCUUUUGGUUUCCGAUCCAAAACCCGUGUUUAAUAUGAUAAUCCUGAAUCCUCUGUUCCUCUCAGCUCGCUGCUUUAUCUCUGUUUUCCUCUCUCUUUAUAUCAUCACCACCACGAGCUUCAGAUCUCUGCCCCACCCACCCAGGGAAUCCAGCAGGAUAAAUGGGGUCAGGUCUGGGUUAUUAGUUAACGUACCUCAUUAAAAAUGAAUACAGCCUUUUGUGUUUGUUUGUUGUCAUGUGCGGUGAGGGGGAAGAAACAGCGACCUUUCUGGCAGGGCUCUGGCCCCAGUCUGACUUGUCUGCAACAGAAGCCUCGUUGGACCCAUAGGUGUCUGAGCUGUUUCUCACUGAAUAUUUCAUCAGGGUGCUUACAAGGGAGGGGGGGGCUCUGCAGUGGGAGGCCUCAGUGUGGGGCAGCCUAUCCACAGGCCGGAUACAACGGAGCUGAUUUUGUUUUUCCAUUCGCGAUGAUGUCCAUUGAACUCAUCGUUCAAUCAAUAGUGUGUGGUUCAGUUUUCAAAGUGUGGGUGAGAGUAUAUGUACGACCCUGUGUGUGUGUGCGUCUGUAUUUCUGUCCCUGUAAGAACAAUAACUUGAGCAUUAGUUGUCAGAGUGGUGACACUCUCUGCAUAUGUGAAAACAUUGUCCUGAAAAGCAAAGGUAAUGUUCAAAUUUGGGGUAAUUAUCAAAAUUGGGUUUAAUUAGUCUGGCAACUUUUUCACAUUGAGUUUUGGUGCAAUGCUUCCCUUCAGUUACACAACUCAUGAAAACAGGUUUAUCAGAGAGGCCAGAUUAGAGGCAGGUGAAUGGAGAAUGCUGUUGUCAUAGUAACCAGGUUAUUAUACAGCAAAUGAAUCUGAGCAGGUUCAGGAUAAAGAUCAUAAUUAGGGAAAUAAAACUUGAUAGAAAUUAUAUUAUUUCGUGGUGGAGGGUCUUUGGUUUGCACAAGUGCCGAAAAAAAAUUGUUUGUGUAUGUGCUUCCUCACACUUACAAGUAAAAUACAGUAGCAGUGUGUUUGCUCAGCUCCCAAUUUUCCACUGUGUUUGUGUGUAUGUGUUCAUGUAGGUGGACAUGUGUUUAAGUGUCAGUAAACGCUGCCAGUUACUGGAUGCUCCAAUAUGUCAAUGAAUAUGUCUUGGCAGCCGUAUUAACCACUUGGCUGCUGAGUGGGAGUGGAGCAGAGGAGUGGGAGGGAGAGGAGAUGGGAGGCCUAACCUUGCAGAUGAUUCAGUCAAUGGAGUAAUCACAACUAUUCCUCUGAGUCUGCUCCACAAACAGGAGGUUACAGAAAAGGCUGCUUAUCUGACUGUCAGAUCCAACAUGUUUGUUUGGACGGACGUAAAUGUGUACGUUUAGCUGUGGCUACAUCCAUGCUGCUGCUUUUUGUUUGAAAAUGCAUCACCUCUGAUGUAGGGGACGUCCACACUAACUUAAAGACUGGGGGAUUGCUUUUCAGUUUGGAGUUUGCAGAAGCGGAGAUGUUUGGAAACAAUGACGUAGACUUGGGUCUGUUUGAUCAAGACGUAGCCUUCGCUGACUCGUGAGGCGGAAGAAAAAAACGACCGGCAUUAACCUCAGCUGCCAGUGAAGAACACAACAUGGAUAAUGAAUUACAAGCGUUACUGACCCUGUUGUUUCUACUAAAAGCUGACGUGUGAUACAACUGUUUACAUGUGUGGGAGACGGGCUGUUAUUCGGCAAACACUGGCACGUGCAUGUUCAGCUUGCGUGGACUGAGAUCGUUUUAGUUUGAAAAGGCUGUUUUAAAUGAAAACGUAGUGGAAUGGAUGUAGCCUGUGUUUCGGGGGGGGGGGGGUGCAGCUGUUUUAACUGAGGUGUUG